AUGGAGUCGUUUCCCUCGAACAAGAGUGUCGAGGAUGGACAAGGCUACUCAACAUCCCGACAUGAGCAUGAUUUUUAUAGCCAUGAGAGCAAGCCAGAGACGCAGGUGGUGGACAACUCAAAAUCAACGUGGCGGGAUCUUUUCGCCUUCACUGAGCGUCGCCACCUUGGCCCUCUCAUCAUGGCCAUUAUUGCAGCCGCCUUCGCCGCGGCAGCCAAAACCUCAUAUGCUAUCUUUCUGGGCAGGGUCAUGGACAUCCUCACACCUCUCGGCGCCGGGACCAUAAGCAAAGAGUCAGCCAUGACAGGUGUUACAUUCUGGUGCAUCAUACUCACGGCUAUGGGUGCAGCCGUCUGGAUCUUUAACUCUGCCUUCAUGGCUGCCUGGGUGAUCUUUGGGGAGUUGAUAGCGAGGCAGGCCAGAGACAAGAUCUUUUCCAACCUGCUGAACAAGGAGAUGGCCUGGUUCGACAGCCAGGAGGAGGGCGUGAGCAGUGCGCUGUCGGCCAUGCAUGUGCAAACACGUGAGCUUCAGAUCGCAGCCUCGCAGGUGCUCGGGUUCCUCGUCACCGACUUCUUUGUCGCCAUCGGAUGUAUGACCAUUGCAUUCUACUACAGCUGGGACCUCACACUCGUCUUGUUGGCCACCAUUCCGGUGUCUGUGGUGGCCCUGGGGCUCAUUAGCCGGGGUCUAGAGACUGCUAUCCAGGCGCAGAAGCGAGAGCUUGCCCAGGGCUCCAAGCUUGUCACCGCGAUGGUCACGGCAAUUGAUCUGGUCAAGGUGUACAACGGGUUUGAUAACGAGGUGUGGCAGUACAUGCAGACCAGCAGGAAGGCCAGCAGAUAUUUCCUACAGCAAGCACGCAGGCACUCGAUGCAGAUGGGCUACGUCAAAAUGUGGAUGGUCAAUCUGUUUGUCGUCGGUUUCUGGUUCGCCGUGUGGCAGGUGAGCAAGGGGUCGACCACGGCCGGGGACGCCAUGACCACGUUCUAUGCGGCCUUGACAGCCUUUCAGGCUAUCGAGGGAUUUGGCCCGCAGUGGCUUGUCCUGGCCAAGGGGAUCACAGCUGGCCACAGCCUCCGACAAGUCGUUCUGGAUAUGGCUGCGAGCCGCGUACAAAAGAGCGGCGUCACGGCCAAGGCGUCAGGGUCAAACCAUCCUGCAACGUGUACCGGUGAUGUCGAGCUCAAUAACGUGAGCUUUGCAUACCCCUCGAACCCGGACAAGGUUGUCCUCCACCCCGCGUCGUUCUUCUUUGCAGCAGGCGAGAUGACCUUUCUCGUCGGCAGAAGUGGUUCGGGCAAGAGUACGCUCAGCAACUUGAUCCUCAAGUUUUACGAGCCUCGCACCGGCAGCAUCUUGAUCGACGGGCACCCAGUUGCGACGCUCGCAGAUGCAUGGGUUCGGAGCAACAUCACGUUAAUCCAACAGUCUAGCAUCCUGUUCAACGACAGCGUCUUCAUGAACGUGGCCUUUGGAGGCCUCGACCCCUCGCGCGUCACGAGAGAAGAGGUCCAGGCAGCAUGUGAUAUGGCCAUGCUCCAGUCCACACUUGCAGGCCUCCCAGAGGGACUCGACACCAACGUCGGCAUGGGAGGCCACAACCUCAGUGGCGGCCAGAAACAACGACUUGCUCUCGCCCGAGCAAGACUGCGAGAUCCACCUGUGUUGAUCCUCGACGAGGUCACCAGCGGUCUUGACCCCAUCAGCAAGGUCCUGAUCCUCGAAGCCAUCAGGAUCUGGCGCGCCGGUAAGACCACCAUUGUCAUCACGCACGACGUCACCCAGAUUCAGGAUGAGGACUAUGUCUAUGUCAUGGAUCAGAGCUACCUGGUACAGGAAGGCUUCCGGAAACAUCUCGAAAAGGAUGACGAGGGCAUGUUCGCUUCCCUGGUAGCUCUGACCCAGGGCGAAGAGACGGGCGAAUCCACAGCCACGGUGCUGAGCCGGUUAGCUUACCGGCCCCAUAUUGUUUCACGGUCAAGGUCUGGCCAGCUUACAUCGUCUUCGGAGGGGGGAGAGAGGAAAGGUCUCGCGGACAGUUCAGUCGUUGAGUUCAUGACCGAAAAGAAGGCUGCCAAGCCAGAGGGCCCACACAAGAACGUUUCCUUGUUCAAUAUAUUAAGCACCGUAUGGCCUCUCCUCAGCAGAUCCGACCGCCUACGUACGAUUGUAGGCCUUUUGGCCUGUCUGGUCGCGGCAGCAUGCAACCCUGCCUUCUCGUACGUCUUCUCGCAGCUGGUCGCCGUGUUCUGGGCACCCACAUGGCAGAUGUCGGCACGAGGUCAGGUAUGGGCCAUCCGUCUCACCAUCAUCGCCGCUGUGGACGGCGUCUCGCUCUUUACGGCUCACUAUCUCAUGCAGUGCGUGGCACAGUCAUGGGUGACAUCUCUGCGCGUCGAAGCUCUAAAGAAGAUCUUGUCGCAGCCCAAGGCGUUCUUCAACAAGGCCAAGCACUCGCCGUCACAGGUCGUCGAGGUGCUGGACAGGAACGCCGAGGAGAUGCGGAACCUCGUCGGACGCUUCGUGCCCAUCCUACUCAUCGUCGCCGCCAUGAUGUUCACCGCUGUGGUCUGGGCCUUGGUCACGUCCUGGAAACUGACACUUGUCGCCUUGGCCUCGGCUCCAGCCGUGUACGCUGCCACCAGGUCCAAUGCUGCGGUGUCGACCAAGUGGGAGGCCAAGACAAACGUCGCAUCGGACGCAGCCGGCUCGGUCGCCAUGGAGACCUUUCUAAACAUCCGCGUUGUCAGGGCGUUGACCCUGGAGGGCUACUUCAGCCGCAGGCAUGCCAGCUCUACCGAGUAUGCUCUGCAGACCGGCAUCAAGCGAGGUGUGCUGACGGGCGUGUUCUAUGGCGUGAACCAGAGCAUGUCCUGGUGGAUGACGGCUCUUGUGCUGUGGUACGCCGCGACACUCCUGACAGCACCCAGUGCCACCAUCUCCGUGACGGAUAUCAUGCAGGUCAUCAACCUCCUCCUCUACAGCAUGGGAUCCGCGACAGCCAUGAUGAACAACAUUCCACAGCUGUCGCAGGCAAAAGCCACGGCGAUCCAGGUGCUGUACUACGCAUCCCUCCAUUACAGCAACAGCCACGAGGAGCGCGGUGAGAAGAGGGUUCCCACACCUUUUCCCAUCGUGAUGAGGGACCUGCAAUUUGCCUAUCCAGCUGCUGCCAAGGGCAGUCCAGCAGGAGGAGGAGGAGAAGAAGGCGAUGGUCGGAAGGUGCUCCGCAAUGUCAAUCUACGAAUCGAUCAAGGCGAGUCUGUGGCGAUCGUCGGGGCAUCGGGCUGCGGCAAGAGCACCAUCGCCAACCUGCUCCUGCGGCUGUACGAUCCACUCUGCUCUUCUGGGCCCCAUGCGCCUCUGAGCUUCGCGCACACCGCGGCCGGCGACCUCUCGACGCCGGCCCUGCGCAGCCAGAUAGCGUCUGUGCCUCAGCACCCCUUCCUGUUCCCCACCACGCUCCACGAGAACAUUGUCUACGGUCUCCACCCAGACUCACCGUACCGCGACGCGGCCGCGGUCGUCGCGGCUGCGAAGCUGGCGUGCAUCCAUGGCUUUAUCGUCUCCCUGCCCGAUGGGUACUCGACUAUCGUAGGGGAGGGCGGCGUGGGUUUGUCUGGAGGCCAGGCGCAGCGUGUCAGCAUCGCGAGGGCCCUGGUGCGCAGUCCCAAGCUGCUGGUCCUGGACGAGCCCACGAGCGCGCUCGACGCAGACGGGGCAGAGGGAGUCAGGCUCGCCAUUAGAAGCCUGCUUGAGGACUCGCACAACAGGGUCGCCGCCGCUGCCGCCGCCGCCACCACCGCCGGCCAGGACAAAAUGGCCGUUGUGGUCGUGACACACAGCAGGGAGAUGAUGAAGAUGGCGGAGCGCAUCGUGGUUAUGGACCAGGGAUUUGUGGCCGAGCAAGGCGGAUACGACGAGCUGAUGUCUCGCAGGGGCAAGUUUGCAGAGCUGGUCGGGGGCGGUGUCUGGAUGCCAUCGAGCAACAACAGCGCACCCACCACCACCACACAAAGUCUAGGCAUGGAAAGGCAGGAAGCCAGACACGUCGCCAAUAGAUCAGCGUCCGUCUCAGCAGACGCUGAUCGUACUGAAAGCGUCUGUCUCUACGGCUCGACAAGACGCACUACAGAGAUUGAAGGGUCCGCCUAG